AUGUACUUGAAUUCCCAUUACCUGUGCAGUCAUUUCAUUGAGCUCAAUGACGAAGAUGACCAUGAUUUGUUGUUUUGUAUGUCGAACUCUCCUAAUGCUUCCACCGACGCCAUCUCUCCACAAGAUCAAUCGGAUGAAGAAGACCAGAUGACACCUACCAAAGAUCAUCAUUCAACUUUGGGCGUUUCCACCUCUUCAGAAUUAAACAUUGGAGAAGGUGAUGAUCGUUUCAAUUUGUACGACCGAGACCAUGAAGAAAAACCAUCCUGGUACGAAGACUCAUCCUCUCUCAAGGUUGUUGUUAGUUCCUACGACAACCACUACCACCACCACCACCACCACCAACACUCCCAACAACAAUGCUGGAAUAUGGCUGAAGAGGAAGACUUUCUUGGUUUCUUUCCUGAAGAAAAAGACCAUUUUGAAGAGAGAGCUACAAUGCUUUCUUCUCACCAUCCCUUAGUGCCACUCUUUCAUGCUGGACACAGUUCCUACAUGAUGAUGUUUCAACCAAUGAGCAGCUUGGAAUCUCAAACAUCUCCAGCAACCACUUCCACAGCUACCACAGCAGCCCUCAAUAUGUUGUAUGCUCCCUUUACGGAAUGCUCGAGCGUUGAGAAGAAAACCAAAGGAUCGAUUGAGAAGAGUUGGACUCCUCCUCAUCCUCUUUAUGGAGCUCAUUUGAAUUUAGAGGAAUGUGGAUUGAUGCUCUCUCCUCAACAUGGAGCAACCACUUCAUUCUUCUCUACCACCAAUAACAAGCACCACAACAACAACAACAACACCAACAACUCUAGUACUUUGGUGGUGAGAGAUGGAUCUCAAACCGCUGCCUGCAAACAUGGUUCAGUUGCCUCUUCUACCACCACAAUUAGCGACAACAACAAUCAUAAUGGUAACCUCAUCACUACGAGCAGUUAUGAUGUGACCACAGGUUCUUCUGAAGUGAAAGAAUCUAUGGUGAAUACGAAUCCAAUCGGAUUGACUUCUUCUUUCCUAGCUUCAUCAAACUCUCCAUCCUCUCCAACCAAGUAUGAUAUUGCGACAGAGAGUACCUUCUCCAAGAGUGCUCUCGACGGAAGUAGCACAGAAGGAGAACCUUACUCUCCUCCUUGUAUCAAUACCAUAUCCAUAAAAGGUCAAAACUCUAAGAAGAUCAUCUCCACCUCUCCUAAGAGAAAACGAGAUGUAACUCGUGAUUCUGAAACCGAUUCGAGUACUGAGGAGGAAGAGAAAGAAGAUUCUCUCAAGUUGGUCAUUGACGAUGAUGAGAACAAGAAAUCCAUUGCUACUUGUGCACAGUCUUCGAACAAGAAGGUAGGACAGCAUGGUCGUUCAAAACAAGUUAAAAACACUCAACCACACACAAAGAAACUUCGAAAAAAGAAGAAAUCACAUCCAUCUCAACAUGUUGCACAGCAAACAUCCUCCUCCUCCUCCUCCUCCUCAACUUCUCAAAAUCAUCCCAUUUCCAUUCACACCAAAAAAUACACCCUCAAAGAGAUUGAGGAAUUCAACACUUCCAAUCAAGCACAGGUUUACUUCUCCACUCUCAAUUUGGCUGUUUUUGGCAAAGAAAUUCCAAAUCAUCCUCACUUGAAAAUCGAACUCGACAUGCCAUGGCCAGACAACUAUGUGAAACCAUCCGUUUACAACAAGCAAGGUCAAUGGGCUAAGGAUGAUACCUAUCUCGCAAAAUUUAAGGUCAUUGUUACAUCUAGUCAGGGAAUGAAUCAACCUUUGGAUGUGAUGAACAUAAGAUUGUUAGUGGUAACUCAGAAAAACACUGACAAACCAGACGGUCAUUCUCUCAAGGUCAAUCUUUUGGCAGGUUCAAAAUCUAUAAAGGGCUCACCUGACAUGUAUUACUUGGAUAAGGAUCCCAAUGGUAAGCCUCUUUUGAACGUGAUUGGAAUUGAACAACCUGAAGAAGGAAAAAUCAUGUUCACGUGCCAGGUGUCCUCGUCCAACAACGCUCUAUGGAAGAAUAAGUAUGCAGAGUACAAGUUGGUGGUAUUCGAUUCGAGUAACUUACUGGCUCACUAUGGAUAUUUGUCGGAUGGUUUUAAGGUUGCAAAAACACCAAAAAUUCGAAAAGAUAGUCCAAUUAAAGAGAAUCCAUUGAGAGAGAGCACUCAAACAGAAUCCACUUCAGCAAGCGAGGACACGACAAGCUCGAAUGGAGGAAUUGCCACUUGCGAGAAGGACCAUCUUGACUCUGUCUUUGUCCAAGAGAGAGGUAAAAAGAAGAAGAAGCUCAAAAUUUCAGAACCUACCAUUGUCUAUCAAGAUGGAAAGAAGUACAAGAUUACAGUUGAGCAUGUUGAGGAAUAA